UCACCGAACAGAUCAAACGUGAAUCUAACGACAUCGAGAACGGGCCAGGUUAUUUUCAAUCUUCAAAGUAAAAGUAUAUAGCCCUUGAAAAAAAUGAACGAUUUGAUCGUUCUAAAAGUAGUUGCGACUGUUUUACUGUUGGUCGUUUCCAUCACCGAUGGCCAGCAAUCCACCGUAACAAAGACCAAGACGGUGAAGGAAUUAUUUAUCAAGACGGAAAUCAAAAAGACGAUCAAAUCGACGUUCUGUGCCUCUAUUAUCACGACGUCGUCAUCGGCCGUGACGGCCUGCCGCAGGCGUCGGCAGUAUACUAUCGACACGCCCGUCUUUAUCGCCGUCAACGACGACGACGACCAGCACAUCUCCCAGUUCUUUUUACGACCGACCCACAGCAUUUUACCGCUCGAACCGACGGUGGUCCCGGGUGCAGCGUUAGAACAAAGACGAGAACGGUGA